AAGACGCUUCGCUGGUGUUACCUUUCAGGACCGUUCGUCGCAGAAGUUUUUAACCUGAAAACGUCGAUAUUUUUAUGAAAGCACAAGCUGCUAGUUCUUCUACGUCCAGCGGGCCACCGGGAGGAGAACUGAGCCCAACAUGCCGCUACUCGUGUCGGACUAUUCCUGGACCCAGAACGACUCCACCGUUUACAUUAACGUGCCGUUAAAGGGAGCUAAAGCCGUGAAAGUGGACAUAGUUUCUACGGACGAAUACCUGAAGGUGAGUUUUCCUCCGUACCUGUUUGAAGCCUUCCUGUUUGAACCUGUUGAUGAAGACAGAAGCUCAGCAAAGGUUGGAAAUGGAGUCGCACUCAUCAGUUUACCAAAGAGGAUCAACAAACAGUGGGAUCAGCUGAUGAUAACUACAAUUUCAGAUGAUAAAGACAAGAAGAAGGAGAUCAGAGAGAGGGCUCUGCUGAGGUACCAGGAGAAGCUUUCCUCAGAGUCCAGACAGAAAGCAGAGAAACGGCAAGCAGACAAAAAAUACACUCUGGAGAUGAUGAUGAAGCUGGAAAAGGAGGAAAGAGAGAACAUCCAGAAGAUAAAGGAUGCCGAGCGAGAGAAAACUGCGGCAGAGCUGGCAGCAUGGCAGCUCAGGCAGAAACAGGAAGCUGAGGAAGACGCUAAACUGAGUCAGAGAGGAAGUCCAAACCAGCAGCGAGCCGGUAAACAGAGGCAGGAAAACAAACCGUCAGUCAAACUGGAUCAAAGAACCAACAGUGAAGCAAAGAGCAGCAAGAAACAAGCCGACCCGCCUCCUCCGAGAGUCAGCGGAAACAUUCAGAUCACUUUCACGCCAAGAGUUUUCCCAACAGCCCUCAGAGAGUCCAGAGUAGCGGAGGAGGAAGAGUGGCUAAAUAAACAAGCUGAAGCCAGACGAGCUGUAAACUCAGAGCUGCUGGAGGAGCUGAAGGACCUGAAGGAGGAGCAGAAGAACCCCGACUGGUUGAAGGACAAAGGAGAUAAGUGUUUUGCGAGCGGCGACUACCUGGGAGCUGUGAAUGCCUACGGUCUGGCCAUCAGACUCAACAGGAAGAUCCCAGCUCUGUAUUCUAACAGGGCAGCUUGUCACCUGAAGUUAAGGAACCUUCACAAGGCCAUUGGAGACGCCUCUCAGGCUCUUGAUCUUUUGACUCCUCCAGUCGCAGCAAAUGCAGCUGCCAGAGUCAGAGCCAGCGUCCGCCGAGGGUCUGCUUUCUGCCAGCUGCAGCUUUACGCAGAAGGGCUGCAGGAUUUUCAGGCUGCUCUGAAGAUCGACCCUCAUAAUGAAGCUCUGCAAGCCGACACUCAGAAAAUCAGAGAAAUCGUACAAGGAUCUGCAGCAGAGACUCAGUGAGACACAAAGAGACACAAAGAGACACAAGGAGACAUGAAGAUACACAAUAAGAUGCAAAGAGACACAAGGAGACAAAAUGAGACACAAAGAGACACAGUGAGACAGAAUGAGAUGCAAAGACACACUUUGCAACUCAGACACAAAGAUACACAAUAAGACAUAAAGAGCCACAAUAACAUGCAAAGAUACACAAGGAGACAAAAUGAGAUAUAGAGACACAAGGAGACACAAUGAGAUGCAAAGAGACAUAAUGAGACACAAAGAGACACACUGAGAUACAAAGAGACAUGAUGAGACAAAAUGAGACUCAGUAAGAGACACAGGAGACACAAAGAGACGCAAAGAGGAAAAAAUAAAAUGCAAACAAACAAAAUGAGACACAAAGAAAUGCAAAGAGACACAAGGACACAUAAGGAGACUCAAUAAGAUGCAAAGAGACACAAUGAGACACAACAAGACAUAAGGAGACACAAUGAAAUGCAAAGACACAAAGAGACAAAUGAGACAAUAAGACGCAAUGACACAGUGAGAUGCAAGGAUGCAAAUGAGACACAAUGACACACAAUAAGAUACAAAGAGACACAAUGACACACAAUAAGAUGCAAAGAGACAAAUGAGACACAAAGAGACAAAAUGACAUACAAGGACAACCGACUGAUGAUGAACUGAUGCAUUCACCUUAAAUAUAAAUAAAUGAUAGAAACGUCAGUAAAGUCUCUACUGGUUUCCAUCGACGUGAUACUUUGGAUGUCUGUCAGUGAGCACAGAGCGCCUCCAUGUGGUCGAUAACUGCAUCUACUGAAGUUGAAUGAAGUAAAAAUACCUCAAAUUGUACUUAAAUACAGUACUCAAGUGAAUGUACUUAGUUACUUGUUACCACUGAAGAGUUAACGAUUCUUCUGAGGAUCCAGAAGUCCUGAUUAAAAAAUAGAAACUGAUUGUACAAGUUGCAAACCAGUUUUUUCUUGUUUUUAAGUGUUUUGUGUUGUUUUUUUCGCCUGCCUUUAUAAAACGUGCAGCACUCUGGUUGUUUUAAAAUGUUCUACAUUGAUAAAAUUUAUUUGAAAAACAACAAAUUGCAAUUAAAACUUGUCAUUUCCUGUCAUUUUCUACACAACGUACUU